UUUAUUAUUCUUGGGUGGCCUUUAAAAAUAGAAGAAAACUAACUUUUUACUUCGCAUUCUAAAGUCUAGCUCACAAAAUCAAUUUCCAAGUCAAGUGAUCCUUCAAUACGACCAACCCAGCACAACUACAACCGUGAGACAAGGAGAAAGGAAACUGUAAAAGAAAAAAGAGAUACAAUGAAGUUCUGCCCUGGUUAUCUUUGGCUCUCCGCCUCGGUUCUACUAUUGAACCUGAGCAACACCUGCGAGGCGGCAACGGUGAGUAUCCGCAGGAGCGCUGUCGACUCUAACUUCUUGGAGUCAUCGGAGCAUGACUGUUUGUACAAUGGGGAGAUCCUGUUGAGUCAUCCUCUUUCGCUGGGCGUCCAGACCAAGCACUAUGACCUUGCCAUGCACAUGCUUCGCUCGAUCCACUUGACCAUGGACAGGGUCAAUGGCUGGCCUCGUUGCGGUGUGUCCGUCGACGGCAAGAACUUCUCUCUCGCCAUUCAGACUUAUGGGGAUGAAGGCAGUGUCAACAAGACUCUCGAGAUCGGAAGCAAGAUCGUCAACACCACCGACUUCUUGCUCUCUGGGUACUCCUCUACCCUGGUACGUCCCUUGGCCCAAGUUGCGCAGGAGAACAAACGCCUCAUGGUCACCGGAGGCUCUGCUUCUUCGACGGUCUACGAAGGCCGUGAUCAUGUCUUUGGCAUCAUUCCCCCUUCCGGUUCUUUCCGCCUUCCUGCCUUCCCAGCGCUCGUCGCAGCUGGUGCCCGCACUUUCGCUACCAUCGGCGAAGAGAGCACACAAUGCUCCGGCACAGAAGAACUCGCAAUUCAGUUUGGAUUCGAAUUCGUCGGGAGUGCUGAAGUUGUAGACCGUGCCCCUCUCGAAGACUUUCAGGAAGCCGCUCGAAACAUCUCCAAGCUCGACCCAGAUGUUGUCAUGUGCUGUAUCCGCUCGUCGUACUCUCUCUGGAACAAGGCCAUGCGAAGCAUUGACUGGUCCCCCAAGGCGCAGGUCUACUCGAGCAUCUUCGGUAGAUACGAGUUCGAGCAGGAGCUAGGCACUGAUCUGGCCUACAACAUGGGUACAGUCCCAUGGGAACGGGCUCUUCCUCCCAUCACGGAUGGCGCAACAGGACUCACGCCACUCGAAUUCUACGAACUUUUCGAAGAAGCGACCUCCAAGCAACCUCCUUAUCAAGCCGUCUCUCACAGUUCCGCAAUCAGUGUUCUGGUUCAGGCCAUUGAACGCGCUGGAACCAUGGAGACCGAGAAAGUUCGUGACACCAUCGCCAGUGGAUUCUUCCCUACCAUAUUUGGCAACGUCAGCUUUGACGAAAACGGCCAGAACAAACAGCCAUCACUGUUGUUGCAAUACGAUGGCAAUAGCAAACUCCAACUCCUGUCUCCUCAAGAGCUGAAGACCAACGACUUUCAGAUGAUCUACCCUAUGCCCACCUGGGCCAUGAGGGAUUGCAUCAACUUGUCCCCUUGUACCGUGCUUGGCGGAAGCUGCACCAUGGAAGGGUCUUGUCAAUGUCCCGACGAAAUGGUAUCUGUCGGGCUUCGCGAAGAAGCCGAGUGCGUCCCUCCGGAACUGGCUCCCCAGGAACCCAACUAUGCUGCCAUUAUUGGAGUGCCUCUCUUGGCCAUCUGUCUCAUUGGAUUAGGGCUCUUCUGGUACAUGAAAACAAUCAAGACGCGUGCCGAUGCCAUCUGGAAGAUCAACAAGGAAGAACUCAUCUUUGCCGACCCAGCCGAGGUCAUUGGAAGUGGGAGUUUUGGGGAAGUCCUGCUGGCGGAAUACCGCGGAACAAAGGUUGCUGUCAAGCAUGUGCUCCCCUCAAAGAACCUUCGACUUUCAGGAAUGGACGACACACGAGAUACCUUGAGCCUGGAUGAUUCUGGUGACGAUAUCGAACAACCAAAGAAGAAGCGCGGCCACUCGUCCUGGGGCAUGGCUAGCAUUGGAUUGUCUUCCACUACUUCCAAGACCGGGAUGCAAGGGCGUUCGGGGUCUGCUUCAGGCAGGAGUUCGUUCUUUGGCCGAAUGACAAUGUUUGGGAGUAGCGCGAAUGGAUCUAUAGACCUCAAAGCUAUGAAAGCCGACUUCAUUCGUGAGAUGCGUUACCUGUCCAAGCUCCGACAUCCGUGCAUCACAAUGGUCAUGGGUGCGGUUAUUGAAUCCAAAGAAGACCCAAUGCUGGUCAUGGAAUACAUGGACAACGGCUCUCUCUAUGACAUUCUUCACAACGAGACCUUCUGGUUGGACGGGGAAAUCCUGCUCCCCUUACUGAAGGACAUCUCCCAAGGCUGCAGGUUCCUUCAUGCGGCUGAUCCUGCGGUUGUCCAUGGUGACUUGAAAAGCGCCAAUAUCCUUGUUGAUUCGAAGUACAGGGCCAAAGUCGCAGAUUUCGGAUUGAGCCAGAAGCAGCAAGCUGGAGGGGCAAUGUCAACCGCUGGUUCUCCUUUUUGGAUGGCGCCAGAGCUCCUUCGGAGGGAAAGCUCCAACACUACAGCUUCCGAUGUGUAUGCCUUCGGAAUCAUUCUUUAUGAGUGUUUUUCCAGGAAGGACCCUUAUGAAGGUGAUGAUCUGAAUGAGAUUCUCCGCCAGGUUGCUGAUCCCAGCAUCAACAGGCGCCCUCCUGUCCCCAAGGACUGCCCUCACCAGCUGGCAGCUCUCAUGGCGGACUGUGUUGCUGCAAAUCCUGAUGACCGACCCUCCUUUGCCGAGAUUGACAGCCGUCUCAACCGCUUGCAGGCUGAUACUUUGUUGUUGUCUGAUAAACCCAUUAUGAAGAACUCCUCUGUCUCUCUCUUUGACAUCUUCCCCAAACACAUCGCCGAGGCUCUUCGAGAUGGAAGGAAAGUCGAGGCGGAACACCACGAGGUCGUCACAAUCUUCUUCUGCGAUAUUGUUGGGUUCACAGGGAUCUCGCAAAGCCUGGAGCCGCAAAAGGUUGCGAACAUGCUCGACCGACUUUACUCCAAGUUCGAUGACUUAUCCACCAAGCACGACAUCUUCAAAGUAGAGACCAUAGGAGAUGCAUACAUGGCAGUGACCAAUCUCGUCAAAGAUCAGUCUGCAACCCAUGCCACUCGCAUUGCACAGUUUUCAGUGGAAGCUCUCAAGGCCGCCAACGAAACUCUUGUCGAUGUAGAUGACCACAGCAAAGGCUAUGUCAACAUUCGUGUUGGGUUCCACUCGGGUCCUGUUGUUUCCGACGUCGUGGGCAACCGCAACCCACGUUAUUGCCUCUUUGGCGAUGCCGUCAAUACCGCCAGCAGGAUGGAGAGCAACUCGCAACCCAACUGCAUUCACUGCUCCUUCCAGGCAGCUGAACUACUCACUAAACAAGGAUGUGAGAUUCCUCUUACCUAUCGGGGCAAGAUUAACGUGAAGGGCAAAGGCAGGAUGGAGACUUACUGGGUGAACAAGUCACGGAAAUCAGCAAUGACGGUCCUGACUGAUGUCACCGAAGAGAUGUCGUCCAGUCACGCCGACAACGACGAGCUUCACGCCGCCAACGGGCCUCCUAUGCAUUAUCUUCCACGCCAGUCGCCAGCUCCAAAAUCCGCAGUGGACUGUUAGGGGGCCUGUUUGAAAGCCGCAGUCAACUGUUUGGGGGCUUGUUUGACAACUCCCGAACCAAUUAGCCCCCGGCUCGAUCUCCGCUGCGGGCUUACUGGAUUGCGUGUUUGCGCCCUCUGAAUAUAUUUUUGCAUCACUAAACAUGAAUGACUUUUAUCGUACCAAAGCCAACC